AUGCCUUUCGUCUCUGCACUUGGUGGAAUUCUGGUCCUUUUAAUGACCAGAGUGAUCUACCGAGUCUAUUUUCAUCCUCUCAGGAACAUUCCGGGACCCAAAUUAGCGGCAGCUACCGGUCUUUAUGAAUUUUAUUUCAAUGUUAUCAAGCGAGGGAAGUUUAUCUGGGAGAUUGAACGAUUGCAUGAGAUCUAUGGACCAAUCAUUCGAAUCUCACCGCGAGAAGUUCAUAUUAAAGACCCCGAGUUCUUCGAGGAGAUCUAUGCACCACCUUCUCGACCAAGAGAAAAAUAUUCAGUCUUUGUGAAACAAUUCGAUAUCGACCAUACUGCAUUCACUAGUGUCUCUGCCGAAGCCCAUCGAGAAUGCCGUACACCUUUGAAUAAAUUCUUUUCAAAGUCAGCAAUCACAAAGAUCGAGCCUACCAUCCAGAGACAUCUUGAUAUUCUCUGUGGUCAUAUAAAAAGCGCUUUUCCGUCUGGGAGAGUUGUCAACCUAGAUUCUGGAUUUGCUGGCUUAAUGUCGGAUGUCAUUCACGAAUAUAUGCUUGGCUAUCACAGUGGAAACCUUGACACCGAGGAUUUCAACGAGCAUGUCCGAGAUGGACUCAACGGUAUCCUCAGGUUGUCUCAUUUGAAUUUCUUCUUGCCCCUGAUGAAACUUAUGAAGAUUAUUCCAAUGCCGGUUUUGAAGGUGCUGAAUCCCUUUGCAUAUGCUGCCCAGGAGAUGAAGUGCCGUAUCCGUGAGUGCGUGUUGGGCUUCCUAUCUGGGAAAACAGAUAUUACAAAGGGUGCUCCAGUCAUCAAAUCCGUGAUCGAUCAAUUGCCUGCGCACUUACAGGGUUCUCAACGACUUACCGAUGAGACGUUCUCGUUGUUGAAUGCCGCUACUGAGACAACCAGCAGAGCGCUUUCUGUGGCCUUUUUUCAUAUCAUUUCUAAUGAGAGCAUCAAGAUAAAACUGCGAGAGGAGUUACAAUCUGUUAUGCCAACACCCGAUUCCCAUCCAACCUGGGAUCAGCUGAAACAACUUCCCUUCUUGUCAGGAGUUGUGAAUGAAUGUAUCCGUAUGUCCACAGGUGUCGCUGCUAGGUCGCCUAGAAUCGCCCCUAAUGAAGCGUUGGUGUAUGGCGAGUACAUCAUUCCUCCGGGGACACCCGUUAGCGAGAUAGUUCACUUCAUUGUCCACGACCCUGUGAUCUUCCCAGAACCUCAUUCGUUCGACCCAGAAAGAUGGAUUCGAGCUGCUGAAAAGGGCGAAAGAUUGGAUCGCUAUCUAGUCAACUUUUCAAAGGGAACCCGAAACUGCUUGGGAAUAAAUCUGGCUUAUGCUGAGCUCUAUAUCACUAUCGCAAGACUCGUCCGGGAAUUCGAUUUUACGUUAUACAAGACAACUUGGAAGAACCUAGCGUGUGCCCGCGAUUUUAUGGCACCAUAUCCUGAAGAAGGAAAUAUGAGAUUCAAGGUUCAGGUAGAGAGUGUGGUCUCGGAAUGA